GUCGAAGACGAGAAAAAGCGACAGAAAGAGGCCCGCCAUAAACAAUUUGAUAAGAACCGAAAUCUCAAUUUCUCAUCUCUCGCUAAAGAUGCGGUUAAGCGAGACGAAGCGUUUGAUGAAGAUGCGAGUUCCGAAGAUGAGGAUGGAACGUCCAAACUGGUCGAUGGAGUGGUUGCAGGUCAUAAAGAUAACUCGCGUCGAGCGUACUAUAAAGAGUUCCGCAAGGUUAUCGAAGCUGCCGACGUGAUUCUGGAAAUAUUGGAUGCACGUGAUCCACUGGGUUGCAGGACCAAACAGGUCGAGAGGAUGAUUAAUGACAGUGGAUCUGCAAAGAGAGUAAUAUUGAUACUUAACAAAAUUGAUCUUGUUCCGCGAGAGAAUGUUAUGCAAUGGCUUGCAUAUUUGCGUAAGGAGUAUCCAACAGUUGCUUUCAAAUCCUCAACACAAAUUCAGCGUAAAAAUCUUGGUCAUGCGUCUGGAUCUGUCGCCACCGUGUCUGAUAACAUUCUGCAUGGUAACGAAUGCUUAGGCGCAGACAUGUUGAUCAAGCUUCUUAAAAAUUAUUCGCGCAGUUGUGAUAUUAAAACUUCUAUCACCGUUGGAAUAAUCGGAUACCCUAACGUUGGAAAAUCGUCUGUAAUCAAUUCAUUGAAGCGAUCCAGAGUUUGUGGGGUCGGUGCUACGCCAGGUUUAACAAAGUCGGCCCAAGAGAUUCAUCUCGACAAAAACAUAAAAUUAUUGGACUCUCCGGGUAUCGUGUUUAGUAGAGAUCCGAAGGAUGAUAAAUAUGCCGGAAUUCUACUAAGAAAUUGCGUUAAAAUCGAAUUAUUAAAUGAUCCAAUCCAACCAGUUGAGGCUAUCGUCUCUCGGUGUAAUCCGCAACAGCUUGUGAGCAGAUACAAUGUUCCAAUUUUCAGGGAUGCUCGUGAGUUCCUCAUACUUCUCGCUCGCCAACGGGGCAAGCUGAGACGCGGAGGUAUUCCGUGCUUAGAAUCGGCCGCCAGAAUUAUCUUACAAGAUUGGAACACCGGAAAGAUACCUUAUUAUACCGUGCCACCGGCCGUACCCAAGACGGAUUCAAUAAUUGAUAGUACCAUCGUCUCAACUUGGAGUAAAGAAUUUGAUCUGGAAGGGGUGUGCAAUGAUGCAGAAGACAAGGUUCUCCUAGGAGUAAAAAGUAAAAGCGAUUUCGGUGGAGUCAUAGAAAUGUCAGGAGAGGAGCUCCCCGAGGUUGAAAUGGAAGUUUACGAUGACGAUGAGAAUGAUGAACCUGAAAGUUUCAUGGACGAUGAUGAGGAGGACAAUGCUUCUAGAACAAAUUCCUUAAAGUCAGUUGAGAAAUCAUCCAUUCCAAUUGUCGCCCAGUUUAAAACGAGUGCAAAAGGGGAAACAUCGAAGAAAGAUGACGAUCCGCUCACGGUAUUGGAGCGGGAGAUCAAUCCGCAAAUCGCAAAAGACCGAAGAAAGGACAUCAAGAAACAAAAGAAAGCGCUAAAGAAAAUGCAGAAAAGGGUCACCUUUGAAGAUACCGAGAUGAAAGAUACCACAGUCGAAAAAGAAAAGGGCGAAGAUGAUCGAUACGAUUUUUCUGAAUUUUUUGGAGAAUUACCAAACGUUGAUCCUACCGGAAAAUACGAUGAGGAUGAAGAAGAUUUAUAG